CUCAAGUCUUCCGACAUGUCGUCGAUUGUCAAAAACCGCAAGUGGUUCCGUAUUCGUUGGUUCCAGGGCCAUAACACACCCGAGGAGCGCAAGUUGAUUUUCAAGCUGGAUCUUCUAAUCGUACCCUAUGUCUUUUUGGUGUGUUGGGUUAAAUAUGUUGAUCAAGCCAACAUCAAUAAUGCCUACCUGCAAACGAUGUACAUCACAGGCGCUGUCUUAGGACAACUUCCUUUUAUGUACUUGCUUACAAUCGGUUGGUUUGAAGCCGCUUUUUUCCCCGCGAUACACUAUGGUCUUGGUUUAUGGUAUAGGGGUGACCAAGUUGGACGUCGAGGCGGAGUCUUCUACGUUGGUCUCUCGUUGGGCGCACUCGCUGUAACUCUCAUUCAAUCCGCCGCAUCGAAAAGCCUGGAUGGCGUCCAUGAUCUCGCAGGUUGUCGAUGGAUGUACAUCAUCUGUGCCAUCAUUACAAUUCCAGUAGGCAUUCUCGGCUUCUUAGUCGUUCCGGGAACACCGGAUCGACCCAACAUGUGGAUCUUGGAAGAACAUGAUGUUAAACUUGCCAAGAAAACUUAUAAUACAUUCGCUGGUGGAUAUUUGCUAUGGAUGAAGUCCUUAAAACGAUUCACUUCAGUCUGCAUCAAUGAGCUGGGCGCUAUAUCGCCCGCUAUCGGAAUAUUUUGCACGCUUGCAGUUUGUUUUGCGUCGGAUCUUUUCUUAGGUCCUUUCUGGGCGAUCACUGUUGCGCAUAUCUGGAACAAUACUGGGCUGAUCAUUCUGAUUGCUCCAGAAGCAGCUUUAUGGUUUGCUUUCAUGACGACGUACUCAGCGGUAGCUAUGUCAAGUGUGCUCUACGGUUGUAUCAACAGCCAAAUGAGCUACUCACCUGCUGAGAGAUCGGUAGCGUUGGUUCUCGCAAAUGCGUUCGCGCAGUUUACCACUGCCUGGACGCCACGUCUAGUCUUCAAGACAGUUGAAGGGCCCAGCUUCCGCAAAGGCCAUGCAUUUGUACUUGCAAACGCGGUAUGCUUGGUCGUCCUUGCCCACAUCAUUGACUACUACAUAAAGAAACAGCAAAGACUUACAUCGCCGCAAUCCGAGGAUGAUAGUAAAACUCCUAUCGAGGAAACAGUAUCCCACAGACCCUCAAGCAAGAACAUCCCCUGAGGCUUAGGACAAGGCUUGAUAAAUGCAGUUGAAUUAUUUUGCCACGCAUUUUGUAAUCGACAGAAUGAUAAAUCUCUAAAUUUGUGUCGGGCUAGGACGCACAGGUGAAUCUUGAGAGAUUGAUGUUGAAUUACCAAGUAAUGUUAAUUGCGAUUAUAGAC